CAACAAAAUAUGUCCAAGAGCCCGAAUCAUUGCUCAACCUCAUCUUACCUCUUCGUAAGUCGUAACCCACAACUCACAACUACGGAUGAAGUAAGCAUUGGACGACGCCACGAAGCUCACGCAGUCCAACGAAGCACGGCAAGCACCAAGCUCAGUUCUUUCAUAGCGAAUACCCUUCUAAACAAAGAGUGGAGUGAAGCCAAGUGUUGCCCUUAUAGAGAAAGAACUUGAAUCCAAGAAUCCAACAAAGAAGUCAUUGAACUACAAAAAGAAGUUGACAAAUUACACCACCCUCUUGGAAGAAAGUUUUGAGCGAAAUGGAAUUUGAGGAGUUGUGUGCGAUCUUUGGGCCAGGACUUGCCGGCGCCGUGUUCGGAGCCGGGUGGUGGUUUUGGGUAGAUGCCGUCGUUUGCAGCGACGUCAAAAUCUCCUUCCUUCACUACCUUCCAGGGAUUUUUGCAUCUCUAGCUUCCUUGAUGUUCAAUUGUGUGAGAAAAGAGGAUAUUGAUUAUUCUCCAUAUGAUGAAGGUGAAUGGAGAUUGAAGCUCUGGCUUUUCAUUGCAUAUGUUGUGUCAUUUGUUUCUUUGGCUGCUUCCGUGGGUCUUUUGAUACAAGAUGCACUUGUGAAAACUGGUCCUUCAGCUUGGACUGGAAUUGCAGGUGUCCUGCAAUGUGUCUUAGUUUUGAUCAGCGGGCUGAUUUAUUGGACAUCACACUCUGAGCAAUAAUGAACAAAAAGUUCAUGGACACUUGUAAGCUGAUGGCUGCAACCUGUUUCCAUCACUAUUGCUCAAAAGUUGGUCUUUGGAUUAGCAAAUCUGGUUGUCUGUGUAGAUGUUAUUGCUGUGAAGUAAAAGUAGUAGGAAAUGAGAACCAUGUUACUGAAGGAUGCCCAACAUGUUCAUCCGAAGGAUUAAAAAAAACUUCCCUAAUGUGUAUACGUCUAAUGACUGAACUACUUGUUAUGUUAUACUACCGUACUACGUAUGUUGCUAGUGAAGAUUCCUUAAAACUUUACGAUUUUUAAGAAAAAUAAUUUUUAUUGUUUUUGACCUCA